AUGAGUUUUGAUAAUAUGGAUGUUUUAAACAGUGUUAACAUGUCAACACAAGCUACAAGGAUAGCUAAAGCUGAAAAUGAUUUACAAAAUUGGAAUAUUCCAAAAGAACCAUUCCGACAAAUUUAUAACACAGGCAAGUUUGUUUUUGUAAAAAACUACAAUAUCAAAACUUGCGAAGCAACAGUUGCUAGUUCAGCAGAGACUGUUAAACUAUUAUCAAUUCAUGACAUAAACAGAUAUAAGAAAAAUUAUAAUUUUCUUCACCUAGGAUUUGUCCAAGUUGCUGUCAAACCUCUUUACAGAUUAGGUCUAGACACACCUCUAUGUCUCUUACUAAGAGAUAACAGGUUAUUAAACUUUGAUUAUUCUUUAUUAGGAGUUCUACAAAGUAACCUAGCUCAUGGCCCGGUUUACUUCAACUGUUAUCCAAAUUAUUCGGUUGACAUCAAUGACCAGAAUAUAUUGGAUACAUUAACUCUUAAUAUUAAAACAAUAAAUAUGAAUAGCAAAGUUAAUACAAAAGAAAUAGUUAUCAUAUACAGAGUAUAUUAA